AGGAUGCCAUCACCACUAAACCACCAUCUGUCAUGUUUCGUCCUAUCCGUCAUUCUUCUGGGUUCCCACGUGUCUACAAGCAAGAUUCCAAUAGCUCCGCAGUCAGUUUGCGAAGGCCUCAUCGAGCCAAGUGUCCUAUCAAUCGAUAAACCAUUGGAAAACAUAAAAGCAAAUCGGGGUGAUAGUCUGGUGCUCCGUUGUGCAUUUUAUGCUUCUCCGCAGCCGACAAUCGUAUGGUAUCAUCGUGGAAAACGUGUGGACAGCCAUCCGGCUGCUCAUUUUGAGACCCUUCUCUCCGCCACUAACCUUGGACAGUCUGUUGUAGAAUCUGCGCUUCGAAUCGACUGCCUCGACGAGCGUACGGCGGGCGAGUAUUUCUGCGAAGCCACGUCACCAUGCACUCAACCAGUCGUCACUUCGUCAACAGUCACUAUUAAUAAAGCGCCAAAAUCGAUAACGGGAACAUGCAAAUCGAUUCGGCAACCACUCGAAUCGCCGCCCAUCGUCUCCGAUUUCACACUUUCACGAAUCGAGUUACCGGGCGGUGUUGCUCAAUUGGCGUGCCGUGUUCGCGGAGUUCCAACGCCAAAAACGAAAUGGUUCAAGAUUGAGGAGGACGAGUCGUUGAGCACAAUUGAUGGACAACCCAAUUAUAUGCACCUUUCAAACGGUGAUCUACUAAUAGUUGGUGACGAGGAAACAAUCUCGGAAUCGUUCCGAUGCGUCGCUUCAAAUCCACUUGGAUCCGUGCAUCAGGACGCUUCAGUCAUCUACAUGAUGGCCUGAAAACAGCUUCAAAUAAUAAAUUAUUGUCUGCAAAAAUGGUCAUUUUUCUCCGUUUUUUAAAAGCAUAUUCCCCUUCCCAUUUAUUCAUUUAUCUUUUCCAAUUUUAGCUUCGUCUGGACUUUUUGAUAUACAAAAACAUAUGCGUUCGAAAUAAACAAUGUGUUCUGUUUUUGUUUAAAGUAGAUAAAAACUGAAUUUUUCCAAGAA